UCGCCAAUAAUCGAAAACGCGACGUCUCCAACCGUACGUUUUCCAUACUUCCCUUGUUGUGUUUGCGUGUGUGUCUAUUGUACGAGAAAAUCGCCGAUACUCUUACCAAAAGCGCAUAAUGUAAAUAGCGCGUUAUGUGUAAAUUUUUGCAGCAAUCUUGAGAACGACAAUGAGAUUUAUUCAAUUGCACAAUACGAGGCAAGCAAGCUUAAAGUUGGGGAAAGCGACGGCAAAAGCGAUCAAAGUGACGUUAGCGAUCGCUGUUGCAACAACAACAUCAACGAGAAUAUCAGCUAUAACAACAAUAUCAUCAAUAUCAACUCAACUGACGACGACAAGUGCAAAUUGAAAGAAUGUACUAAACCAACAAAACUCGAACAAGAACUGCAACAGCAACAGCAAGAAGAAACUCAAAAACUACAAAAUAAAACUAGCAAAAUCGAAUUGCAUUCGAUAAAAGCAGCACCCAACUCACCACCAACACUACAAUUGAUCCAAACCACCGACAUCGAUCUAAAAGAAGAUCAUACCAACAACUCCCACAACAGUACCAAUAACAACUCGUGUGCCACAAUCAAACGCGAACAAUCGUCAGCAAUUGUCGCACAACCGAAUACUACCUCAUUCACCACCACCUCAGCCACCUCAGCCACACCAUCUAAACCGUUUGAUUGCACAAAUUCACUUUCGUCAUUGCGGCGCAAUCUACAAUCGAAUUGUUUGAUCGACAACGAUCUACAAACUGCGAGCAAUAAAAACUUGCACGCACCAAAAUUACUCGAAGAGAAACGGCCCAAGUCGGUCACCGCAUCGGUAUUUCGUCCGGCCACACUGGCCGAUUUGAACGCCACGCAGCCGACGUCGUCACCACCGCCGCCGGUGCCAUCGAUCACCAGUACAUCGGCGGUGUUUGUGAGUGCAGCAAGCGCUCCGUUGCCACCAUUGAACGCCGCGCCACGCGCCCAAUCGGUGACCGCUUCCGUAUUUACGCCUAUUUCCCAAUUGUGUAAUAAACAGCAACAACACAUUGGUAAAAGCAAUUCCAAUAUAACACCAACUACGCUGGCAGCGGCAAUCCCCAGCGGAGGCCAACAGCAGCAGCAACAACAACAGCUCCAACCACAGUCGCAGACGCAGACGCAGACACAGAUACAGUCUCAGCAGCAACAAGAUAUGAAUAAAUUUCUGUCAUUCGGGGAUGAAGCCACCGAGUUAACAAUGCUCAAAGAGGAACCCGAUGACUUGGCACACUUGACACCUGCGGCUGUUGACGCUUGCAUGCGCCUCGAUGAUACCGCUCCAUUUUGCGGCGAGAUGUUGCUGGGCUUGUGCUCUUAUACUUACGGUGGAUUUUUGCCUGAUGACUACAGCUCACUUGAUUCAACUACAAAUUCCUCUUCUCCAGACUCUCCGAAGCACAGUACCGGCAGUGCUAACGGCAACGGUAGCAACAACGGUGCCCUUAACAGCAAUACAAAUAAUAUUGGCAAUAACAAAAGUGGCUUUAGCAGUCCAACGCAUCAGCAGAAUUCUAUAAGCAGCAGUUUGAACGCUGCCGCAUUGCACAAUAGUAACAAUGGCAGCAAUAUUGGCAACCACAAUUGCAACAAACCGGUCGUGCGCGUUGAUCCAUUCAUCAAUUAUCGAGAAGAAUCAAAUGACACAAACUGCUCACAGCAUUUACUCUCGCCCAGUGUGGCUUCGAAGAGUCCCGAAGCGAGCAGCCUGCCAUCAUUGUGCAGUCCCAACUCGCUGAGUCAGGAUGAUGGAUUUGCAUUUAUGACAAUGAGCGUUGAUGAGGAAAUCGACAUGACCAUGCGCGCUCCAUAUAUACCAAUGAACGAGCAAGAGGAUUUGCCUCUCCUUACUGCCGACGAUCUAAUGUGGUGCGCCAGUAAUGGAUUGGGCAGCGAAGAGUUGAGCAACCAAAAAGAAGUUGAUGCAACGUUGCAGCAACUACAGUUGCAACAGCAACACUCGUGCGAAGGCAAUGCCAACCUGUUGACAAGCUAUAAUGAUGCCCAACAUAUCACUCAAUCACAUUUCAAUUCGUUGUGCUCCUCACCCGCCUCGACCGUCUCGUCGCUUUCGCCAUCCCCGAUGAGUCAGCAACAGCAGCGGCAGCAGCAUCACCAACAACAACAGCACCAACAACAACAACAGCAACAGGAUACGAAUUGUGUUUACAGCACAGACACAAGCGAAUUGGCUGCGCUGUUAUGCGGCUCCGGUAAUGGCACAUUAUCGAUUCUGAAUAAUAGUUGUGGUGGUGGUAGUAGUGGUGUCACCGAAGAUUCCGACGGUGGUUUGCAACCACAGCAGCAGCAAUCGCAUUGUGGUGAUUUUCGUUUGCAGCAACUGCAGCGGGAGUUGGCAGCUGAACAGCAAGGAGAACAACAGCGCCAAAUGCAGUUGCUCGGCUUGACUAUCGAUUGCAAGAAGGAGAAUUCGCUGUCGCCGAACUUGUGUGAUUCCAUUGAGGAUGCAUUUGAUAAUGUCUACAGCAAGGAUUCAACAAAUCUUGACUGCUGGAAUGAGUUGCUGCAAAUUAAUGUUAGUGACACUUCGUCUUCGGCAGCGCCCUCCCCAACAUCUUCGUCAAACUCGCCGCAGAACCAACAGAAACAACAACAACAACAACAGCCAUCGACGCUGGACGAUUGCAAGGUGCAUUUGCAGCUGGAACAGCAAUUGCCGCCACAACACCAACAACAGCAACAGCAACAGCAACACAAUAUAAUUUUGAAUGCAGUGCCAUUGAUAACCAUACAAAACAAUAAGAAUAUUUUAUUGCAGCAACAACAACAACAUCAUCUACAUAACGUCAACAAUAAAAUGAUAAUUAACGACGAAAUGUUGCCGGCGAAUCGCGGUGGUAAUAAAAUCACAACAAUUAAAUUGGUGAACGCCCAAGCAACGGCAGCAGCAGCAGCAGGGACGCCGGUAGAUGGAACUCCAUUGACUGCCAGUAUUGGUACGACCACCAUUCGGUUGAUUGAUGGCAAGCACCAGCAGGAGCAACAAUUGCUGCUACAAAGACAACAACAGCAAAUGCGUUUGCCAAAUGCUACAAAGGGCAUAAUAUCACAACAACAACAGAACCAACAGUCGCAUAAAAGACAUUUGGUGAGCAAUUUGAGUAGCACCCAACUGGAAACGAAGCGCAUGAAGAGCACUGGCCCAGCAGGCGCGGCUGUCGGAACUUCAGCAAUAGAGCUGCACUCUGUGCCACAGCUAUUGCAACAACUAGUGGCACCCGUGCAGUCGCAGCAGCUGAAGGAGCAACAACAAAAACAGCAGCAGCAGCUACAAUACAUGCGCAAAUUGAAUGGCGGAAGCGCACGUUGGCCAAUGACCGCCGAUACAAAAGCACUAAACGCAGCACAGCAGCAGCAACAAUCGAAUUCAGUGCUGAAGAAUUUGCUAAUUAGCGGUUGUGACGUAAGUGCGGGCUACUGUCUGGUACCAGUGCGGCCCAAAAAGUUGGCAAAGGCAUAAGCAGUGAGUGCGCAUGGGGAAGGCGCGGCUGGAAUGGUGCAAAGACACCUCGUCAUCCCACUGCCUUCCCUCAUAGCCGCUUUAGCACUUGGCAUUUGGCACAUAGUAUUUUGAACAUACGUUUGCCAAGCGCAACAACUGACUACACUUAUUUAGCGAUGCACAUGGAAACACAAAGCAAUUUAAGCAAGAUGAAAAGGCUAUUUCAAAAUUUUGGUUUUCCUAAUUUUUGUGUUCGGAAUUAUUUCAAGCACAAGCACAAUACAUAUUUAGACAUUAAAUUUUUAGUUGUAUAAUUUUGUAAAUGGAUCGAUUUUCUGAUUAAUAUAAACAUACUCUUCGUUAA